AUGACAGACCUACUAGAUUGCCACAGACAGAUAGCCAUAACUACUAAGCAGAAUAAACUCCGACCCUCCCUCGACCUAGCAGAACAGCUCAACACGCUUUACACGACUGAAUACGCUCAAUGCAGAGAAAACCAAGAACAUGCUCCACAAACCAAUGUGUACCACACUAGCGGAAAAGCCACUAAAUAUCUAGCCUCCAGGCUCCACAACAAAUAUUCCAGUUCUAAGAUUGCCCAUGAGAUAGGAAAUGAUGGCCUAAAGAAAGUUACUCCCAAAGAUAUUAGCCAUGAAUUUGCAAGUUUUUACUCUAAACUGUAUAACUUGAAAGAGAUGGGAAGUACUCACAACGCUAUCACAGAGGAGCUAACCUCGCUGCAAACACCCAAUUUCCCGAGCCACCCCCAUGUAUUGCAUUCCCACCUUUUAUGCCAAGCCAUGGCAAGAGAGAUUCUCACACAUUUGACUCAUUUCUACUCUAACACACGGUUACAAGACUUCCGAACUCUCCAGUCCCGCAAUUCUCCUACAGUCCAACAAUUCUCCUACAGACAACUACAUUCAUUCCUACACAAAUAUGAUACACAGGUCUCUCCGAGCCUAUUAGCUAACGAAAAACCCACG